CAUCCUGGCAGGGCACUCCGCGGCGCAAAGCCCCGUCUGAGACGCGCAAAAAAAGAAAACUUUCUCGCUCAAAAACACGGCAUGAGAGAGGCGACAGGUCGAAGCUGCGAGGGUCCGACUCGAAAAGUCGACCAUCACUGAUCCACAACAACAACCACAAUAACAAAAACAUCAACAAGAACAGUCAGGUUCGAGUUAACGGAGAGAAGUCAGAAGUCUAUGCAUUCGUCGCUCCUUCUGAUUUCCAGUGCGCGAAGGCGACGGACGCGCGCUCUGCUCAUCAGGGACUCUAUGCGCGAGCGAGGACAACUGUGUGUGUGAAAGUGGGGGAAAAAAAAAAAGAGGAUUACAAAGUGCACCGAUAAAGAAGCUCGUUCUCCGGCGCUUGGCCAUGGCGUACCCUCAGGGCUACUUGUAUCAACCGUCCGCCUCUUUGGCGCUCUACUCGUGCCCAGCGUACAGCACGAGCGUGAUCUCGGGCCCGCGCACCGAAGAGCUCGGUAGAUCGUCGUCAGGCUCUGCAUUCGCACCAUACGCCGGAUCCACGGCGUUCAGCAGCGCCUCAGCCGCCUACAGCUCGCAUCUGCCGUACGGAGCGGACGCUGCAGCCGCCGCAGCCACUUUCACCUCCUACGUGAGUUCCCCCUAUGAUCACACGUCAGGCAUGGCUGGCUCUAUCGGUUAUCACCCAUACGCAGCUCCACUGGGUUCAUACCCGUAUGGUGACCCUGCGUACCGUAAGAACGCGACCCGGGACGCCACCGCGACUCUGAAGGCCUGGCUCAACGAGCACCGCAAGAACCCAUAUCCUACCAAGGGCGAGAAGAUAAUGCUGGCCAUCAUCACCAAGAUGACCCUCACCCAGGUGUCCACCUGGUUCGCCAACGCCAGGAGGAGACUGAAGAAGGAGAACAAGAUGACCUGGACGCCGCGCAACAGGAGCGAGGACGAGGAGGAGGACGAGAACAUCGACCUGGAGAAAAACGACGACGACGAGCCUAACAAGCCUAUUGACAAGGGAGACUCGACAGAUACGGAGACAGAUCCCAAAAUUCUGCACGUGGGUGAGGCGCCAUGCGACAGAUUUCAAGACGACCACCACGGCAAAGACUCGGACCCUCUGCUCAGCGACUCGGACCUGAAGGAGGUGGACGAGCGCGCGGACGCACUCGUGGACCCGUCAAAAGCCACUACGUCGUCGCCGUCUCUCGUGCAGCGGGCCCACGAGCUCGGCGUGCACGACAGGCCGCCGGAAGUGGCGCACGGCGCCUCCGCGGUCAAUCACAGCAACGCCACGUCCGUUAUCCAUUCUCCUCCGUCCGCGCCAAAGCCUAAACUGUGGUCUCUGGCGGAAAUAGCCACGUCUUCGGACAGGUGCAGAGGAGGAGGCGGCGGUGGCGGCGGCGGCGACGCAGGGGGCACAGCUCAGAACGCUCUACCGGCGGCCAGCGCCGCGUCUCCAAGCCGGACCUCGACGCAGUGCGCGCUCCCGAGCGGCGCCGUGCUCUCCCGGCCUCUCUACUACACGUCGCCGUUUUACGCGGGCUACACGAACUACGGCUCUUUCGGCCACCUGCACGGCAGCCACGGCUCCGUCACGAGCUCGGCAGCGACGCACUUCAACGGAAUAAGUCCGAGCGUUUUGAACCGAGCCGAGGCUCUUGCCCGAGAAAGCAAAGCAAGGAGCCAAGCGCAGGUAGACCUGUGCAAAGACUCCCCUUAUGAACUCAAGAAAGCCCUGGACUUCAGCCGCUGUUUUUCUAUGGUUUUCUCCAGGGACAGAUUACACUUGCCUCAUUCGGCUGUCUGACCGGCCGAGAGAAACCUACACUCUCAGAAAAAAAAAAAAAUAGUACUAAACUGUACCUUUCCUUGUCACUGGGGUGGUACACUCAAUCGAGGGUACUAGUUUUAUGUCUGUUUCACAUGGAAACAUGGAUGUAGUGUAUACCAUUACAAAUGAUUUAAGGUACAUAAAUGAAAUGGACCAUGAUUAAAGCUUUUCUCUAAAAACUGAAGGUACACUCACUAUAAGCAGCAUUCGAGGUAAUUCAUAGUAAAGGUACACAAGGUGUAAGUGUGAUUGUGGGUACCAACCCAGUGAGACUGAAAGGUACGGUUUACUCGCUCUACAACCGAGCAGAUCCACAGGAAUAUCACCUAAUAUUUAUAUAUUUAUUUCUUUUUAAAUAACUAAAGAACGAAGAGCAAGCUUCUUUUAAAGAGAAUUACACUGAAUUGGGACAGGGUGUGUUCCACUAAAACAGCCUUUAUACCCUUUCACUCUUUUAUUAGCUUAUUUGUACAACGUUAAAGUGAGAAAAACCAAUAAUGAUGAAAUAAAUGUUAGAUUGCUUUCUUUUUUUGUUUUGUUUUAUGAAAGACUAGAAUGUUUUUUGUUUGUUUGUUUGUUUGUUUGUUUUUUAACAUUUAGGUGUGAAUUCCAGGAAAUGUUUCCACAGAUUCAUUGUGGAUCAUUCAAAUUAAAAUGGCACACAAAUAAAUCUGUAAUUUGAUUACUGUAAGACGUGUUUUUAUUUUCUUCUCACACAGAUACAAUUACACUUGCCUCAAUUAUUCACUUAUGGUCGUAGCUUACAUAUAUAGCUACAUAUACGUGUAAUUAUACGGGCUUUUCUUCUCAGACGAAGACAAAUACAAAGGUGUUUUUAUUAUUAUGUUUAAAAAAAAAUUACAGCAACACAGACAGAAUUUCCAAUAUGUCGACACAUUCACUGUCUGUCCUUGGAGCCUCAAGGCAUCACUUAGGCGAGAUAAGCAGUCCUAUUAUUCCUCUCUUUAAUGGUUCUGAUGAAGAUUGAUGAACUGUUUUCUUUACAGGGACUUCAGAGGGUCCAUGCUAUGGAUGGAGGGAAGGAGAGAGAGAGAGAGGGAGAGAGAGAUGGAGAUAGAGGGGAACUGAAGGAAUGGAAAGGAGGUCUACAAGUUUGCCUGAGUGUUUAUUUACCUUUGCCCUUUUUUUAAUGAUCCCUUUCAAGCAGACAUCUGUUCCACAUUAAGACACUGAUAUUUAACGUAAUGAUGUGCUCACUUGGUAAGAUGGAGGCAAAGAGAGAAAGGGGGGGAGGGGGGGGGGGAUUGGCUAUGAUUGACCUCCCACCUGGAGGUCACAUCGAAGAGUGCAGAGCUCCUGUCUAAUUUCUCAUGCAUUUAUUUAUUUAUUUAUUUCUGUCUGACCAGUUAGGUUUGUUUUUUUUUUAUUAUUUAAAUUUUUUUUUAGUUAGAGUGUUUUCGCCUCACUCAGGCUGAUGGAUGCAAAUGUGAGCGCUGUAAUUGGAUCAGCUCCCUAGAUACAGAUAAACGGCUGCUGCUUUGCUGGGGUUAUUUUAAGCUGUGCACAGUGUGUGUGAGUGUGUGUGUGUGUGUACAGAAAGCACUAAUGAGAGGGUGGAAGAGACGUGCUAUAUACACUCAGGCUGGACCAGGCCUAACACACACACACACACAAACAUGAAGGAGUUCCCGGAAUCUGUGUGUAUGACCACCAUGCUCAUUAAACAAUGUAACCAUGUGCUGGUGUACAACUGGUCAGCCAAUCACAAGCCAAGAAAACAGGAACUCCACCCAAAAUUCUUGUAUCAGAUAUUACACUCAACGAAUGACAAGGUGUGAACAGAGGACAUUGCUGACACUGUCAAAAAUAAAUAAAUAAAUGAAUAAAUAAAUAAACAAACACUGGGGAAAAUGUUAUUAUAUCGUUUUAAAAGACAAUAUUUAUUUAUUUUUAAAUAAUAAAAAAAAAAAACAUGAUAAAUAUAUACUGUUGCCUGUUUUUUUUUUUUUUUUUUUUUGUGCCUCGUCUUUUUCAGUCUUCAAUGGUUCAUAUCCGUUGACCACUGUGGCCUCAAAUCCAUGUUCUUGGCUGACAGGAGUGGAACCCGAUGUGGUCUUCUGCUGUUGCAGUCAAUCCACCUCAAACUUCAAAUUUGUUGUGCAUCAUGAAUCGCUUUUCUGUUCAGUGUGGUUGUAAAGAGUGGUUAUUUGAAUUACUGUAGCCUUCCUGUCAACUCAAAUCAGUCUGCUUAAAUCAUCCUCCUCUGACCUCUAUCAUCAACAGGCCGUUUCCACCCACAGAACAGCCACUCACUGGAUGUUUUUUUGUUUUUCGCACCAUUCUGCAUAAACUCUAGAGACUUGUUAUGUGACAAUCCCAGGAGAUCAGCG